AUGUCUGACUGGAGAGAGCGUGGUGAAGUAGCAGAUUCUGAAGAUGAGGGUGAAUUCUUAAGCGAUGAUGAAUCGCUGACCAUUUCACCGACACAGCCUCCAACGAAGGCCUCCGUCUCUAAAAACCAAUAUGCAGAAAGUAUAUGGGAUUUUCUUGGGUCUGAUGAUGACGAGCAGAGUUGCGCCUCUAUAUCAAAGACCUCCCCAAUAUCGUUGAGGCCAGACCUACAAGGAGAGUACCAGCUUUUAACCACUUUAUCAUCUCGAACAGAAAAUCAGAAUCAGGUACAACCGCCGCUUCUGAAGAAUGCUGGAACAAAUCCCCCAUCUACUGCCAACGAGGUUGCCUCUCGCAACAGCCAGAGUGCAUUGGACGCCCCCAGCCCUAGGCUCAGACGUACAAUAACAGCCCAAAAUGAUGGCGUCACCGCAUCUAGCUCAUCGCCAUCGACGUCGCAGAAUAAUACAGCGAUCGCUCAGUUAAGCGAGGUUAGCCAGCAUAAUGCUCAUUGGGAAGCCACAGUGGCUGCGUCGUCCCGUUAUACUCAUUCUUUGCGACAAAGAAAACCGCAACAGCAAUAUCCCUAUUCUUAUGAUUACGUGUACCAUAGAAAAUUCUUCCCACAACUUGGAGUUAAACCCAUGAAAAUGCGAACGGACAUGGGAGGGAGAUACCAACCAGCAAAAGCUUUGCCAGAUGACAAUUUUGAUCAGUACAGCCCAAGUGAUGAUUUGCCACCAGGGACCGAUAGAACGGACGACGACAGUUUUGCAGCUACCCAGAGCGAACAUGGAGAAUUAGAUAUAGCUACAGCCUCUUUGAACCUAUCACGGUCGUAUAAACAAUCGGCUGCCAACAGCUUAACUAGCUCAGCAACCGAUACUGUUGGUGGGAAUGCUUUCGACCAGGAUUUGCCAGGCCUAGAUGAGCUACUCAAUGAAUACUCACCUGCUAGCGAACAUAAUAUAGCGAGGUAUAAAACGUCCCAAGGGUUGCCACUCACUCAGAAAGCCAGAAGGCGAGAUAUUAUUUAUAGCGAUUCACCAGAACCAAUGACUGCCAUCUCUCGAAUAUCGAUUUCUCCCACUCCCCCCUCAAAGUCUCCAGAAUUAGAUACACAGCAGAUUCCACACUCAGAUCCCAAUAUUGCCAUUUACUGGGGUGACUCUUUUACAGGAUUGCUACCGAGGCCUUUAGCUUCUGCAACCCCAUUAGAAGCGUCCUCUCAGGAGCUAAACACUCAAGAUGAGCAUGACCAUCAAGGGUACAGCGAAGAACCCGAGACUAGCGAUAAAGGUGAAAACGGCACGCAUCAGCUGGUAACCACAUAUCGGCGCCGCAUUAAAGGCGUUCUUCCCGCCUCUUGGUUGAGACUAGACCAGCAGCUGAGUAAAAAUAACGAUCGCCAAGGCCCCAAGAAGAAGCCGCAGCAUCGGCUUCCUAAUGCGCAGCAACGUGGAAUAGCCCUAAAAAAGAAGUCAGUCCCUGAUUCCACCGCUUUCAGCAUUCUUCCAAUUGAACCGGAUGAAGGAUCUCUUGGAGAUUAUACAACAGAUGACACAUCUGAACAUCAUGCUGAGAGAUCCGCCUCACCUAUUCCUAGUCAAGAAAUCGACCAGGUCGAUGACAGUCCAGUGAUUGUUGGCAGUAAGCGUCAGCUCCAGCUUCCUAAGACACCGGUAUCGAACAGAAAACGAACCAAAUUGUCAAACGGAUCUCGGACUAAAUCCGUUCAGACUCGUCGAAGGCAAAAGACUAUUGAUGGCUUUCUUCUCUCUCAACCCGAUAUGUUGCCUGAAUCGGCGAUCAUUGGUCAAUUCUCGAACAAUGCUCUACAGAAGUCAAACAAUAAACAUGGAAAGUCAUUUGGCAGGCGAAAACGCCCUAUAAAAUCUAUUCCCUUGUUGAGUAUUCUUGACACAAUAGAGCCAGGCGCCCCCAGGUUUAUACGUAUUGCUGCACGCUCUGCUAAGCAAACACUGAGUCAGGGGCGUAGCAAUGUGCAUAAAAAAGUCAUCAUGCUUGCUACAAGGCAAGACCAAGUAGACGCUAUGUCUGUUCUGGAAAAAUGGAAAUCAGGUACAAUUCAACAACGAGCAUCAGUAUCGACAGCCGGCAAGUAUAAACGAAUGCAACGCCAGAGAGCAAACAUGCCCCAGGAAUAUUCAAAUAGUGGAUUCACUUCAAAGCUAAACUUCAGCACACUGAGGAAUUCUUCCCGCAGGUUGGUCAAGUAUCUCGACGAUAACGGCUCGGCUGGCUACAGACGAAGUGAUUCGUAUCAAGGUAGCAACACGGAGCUUACGCCUAAUAUGGGUGAGAUGAGUUCUCUGCCUUUAACUUCACCUGUUUCCCGGAUGGCUCAGUUGGAGGUGGACGAAAGAGCGAGGAGAUCCAUAUUGUCAUUCAAUUACAGGAAAGGGACUCUGGAUCAUAUUUUCAGAACUCAAAAACAAAAAGGGCCUAAUUGGCGCUUGACUGGAAAUGUCAAUGCCAUAGCUACAAGCUCAAUGUACACAAAUCUCACCAGAGCAGCGGAUAUAACGCUAGAAGUAUCCCAAGAACCAGAGCACACUCGAUCGAGGCCACUCCGGUGUCGAAAAAGCAUCAAACCUUGCCGAAUUGAUAUCAAAGCACCUCAAUAUACCCAUGCCAAUGAUCCCCUUCCUACACAUUCCUCUGUUGUCGACACCGAAUCUCUCCCCGAAAAGAGCAAGCUCUACGGUCUGGCGCCGUAUGGUAUCCGAUAUACUAGCCAUUUUGAGAUAUUUCCUCUCAUUCCCGACGUCCGAUUUCAUGAAUCAACCUUACUUGGUAGCGGCAUUUUAAAUAGAUUAUGGAUGAGAGAUUCGCAUUUGGAAAUACCCAAUCGUGAAACACAAAUUUCAGUCAGAUUUGGCGAUCAAGUCUUUGACUGGAGCUCCUGGAACGAGAAAGUAUCCUCUGAGAUUGGAAUUUUAUUUGAUUCAAUAGCUGAGCGAUUAGAAGACAGCCAGGGAUCCAAUCUACAUGAUGAUAACAGUGCUAUCAAUGCUAUUCAUUCUACCUUAGAAUAUACGAGGGAUGCUCUAGGUUCAGCGAGAUCUGACUCACCAAUUUCCCUCAUAUCACGGCUGCAAGAAGUUUUUCACAGUUUCGCUGCGCGAAUAGAGACAGGGCUAGACCGAUCCUUGAUUAACUACAUCAAAGACGGUAACCUUAUCUUGAAAAUGCUCGAUAGGGUCUUGUUAACAACUUCCCUAUUGUUAAAUCGUUGUCAAAAAGUUCCACAGUUAGCAGACGAGCAACCCGCUGUGGAAGAAUUGCUACUGUCGCUAUCGCAAUUGAUGAUUUCGAUACUUCUCCGCAGCGGUCUUAACCCAGUCAAACAGAUUUACAACGACUUUGGCCAACUCAAUCGUCGCGAUCGCACGUUAAGAGAAAGCGCCGUUGCAGUACAUUCAUGGGCUCUGUUAUUUCAAAUGUUUAAGCACAUAAGCCCACAACAACUCUCUUUCUGGGGCGUAUUGGAGAGAGUUAUACUACAACCUCAAGUUCUCUCCGGUACAGAUGCCCUUGCAUUUGAAGUUGUGUGGGAGACUAUGUUCACCCUCCUUCCGCUAUCUAAAUUUGAUAACACUGGGAGAAUAGCUACAGAAGAACCAUAUAAUUUAAGAGCUGAAGGAUGGGGGAUUCCUCAAAAACUUAUCCGGCGGGUGUUUCAAUUGUAUCAAGACAAUAAUCACCAGGCUGCGAGCUUCAACAGCUACUGUCGAGCUCUUGUUUCACGGUGCCAUUACCUGGUUCAGCAAUGGGGUUGGUGUCAUAGCGCGCCCAUUGUCGGCGUUAUAUUUGAUUUCUUUGGAUCCCAAAAGCUUGCUCAUCUCCGCAAUGAAGAAGUCUAUCGAUCUCCACAAUUCAUGAACAAUCUAUCUGGUACGCCAAUGCUUGAGAUUGAGGCGGAUGACUGCUGCUUUCACAUAUUUCUCAAACUUCUUGCCGUAAGCAUAAAAAAACUCCGACAAUUCGGCUCUGAGAAGGAUAUUCGUAACCUAGUAACCCGAACAAUACCAAAUCAUAGCCGCUUGUACCUCAAGGAACAUAAAAUCCUUGAGCGAGAUUUGGCAGCUUUAAGAAACCAUCAUGACCUCAUUGGCACGCUCUUCUGGGCAGCACCAUCCAGCGUUCGGCCUCAAGUAACUCUUAUUGAAGGACUUAUUACUCCUGCUAGUUCUCAUAAGGAAGCGUGCUUGAUAAAUAUUAGGGCAUGGGCCCAGCUUGCGAGCUUUAUUGUUUCAUCCGGCGAAGCUAAAAAAUCUUUUGAGCCCUUCCGAGAAUGGAGACACACAUUCUUCCAACAGACGAUAACACAAUUCGAUGGCAUCGCAGCAGAAAUCCAUCAACAGUAUCUAGCUCUGUCCAAAGACGCGGAUCAGUGCAUUACACAGGAUGAUGUUGAGGCUAUGAUCUCACAGAAUAAGGCUGCUGUGGUGGAGAUUCUCCAUCUAUCAUUCACGUCUUCAGCAAAUGUAAUGAGAGAAGCUCUAGAUUUAGAGGCGGCGACGUACUGCUUAAAUACGCCUCACUUGGAACGGAUAUUUCAAUAUUUCACACAGCCACUACCCGAACUUGACUGGUCGAUUCUUCGAGUAGCAUUAACCAUCUUAGACAUAUUCGUGUCCAAAAUCGAAGAAUUUAAAAACAGCCAGGAGAGCCAGCAGAGCGAGAGUCAAAUUUUAAACUAUGCACAAGCGGAUGAUGCGUUCUUGAUCUUAGAGCAGGAUGUUUCUCGGACUUACUUUGCAAUGGCACGCUGCAUAUUGUCAUUUCCAACAGAAAUGUCCGAUCAGCCAGUGGCAUAUAUAACCGAUAAGACCUCCUGCGUUAGGCAGGUCAUUACAUUAUCCGCGAGAAUGGGGAUAGGCUUCAUUAAUUGUGGCUUGUUGAAAUUUUCAGAUAUGUUUCAGCCUGGAAAGUUCUGCCUUUUUAGCGACCAACAGCAUCUACUAGACCCAUCUCAACGGCAAUCUUUUAUAUCAUUCACAUCCACGCUUCUGGAGCACGGGUUUGAUGAUUUCUCUGACGCUGGCUUCACCGCAUCUGAAGUAUGGGUAUUAGCAUUAAUCACGCCUCUUAAAUAUCUGAAGUGUGAAAGCCUUUUUACUUUACAACGCUAUUGUUUUGCUAAAGGCAUUGUGCCCGAUAACAUCAUUAACUCAACAACUCAGCCUAGCUACAAAACAAAUAAACAGCUAUUCGACCUCACAAUUUCGUCAUUGCGCAAAUUUACUCGCAGCUUGGAACCUAGCACUGGACGAUCCCUCUCUAAAACACUUGAGCUUGCAAUGAAGCUGAUGCGAAACGACUUGGGUGUCAUGUAUACAGAUGCUUCUCAGCACCAGAACUACGUUGUAUUCGUCCAGGGUAUAAUAUCGUCAAUUAGGGCGCAUGGAUCAGGUUUAUGCAUGGUGGAUAACUUUUUCCUUCAAGUCAGCAAAGAGUAUUCACCACCUAUUCAAGACCCCCAGCUCCAGAUUGCAACAAUUUUAAACACGCAUUGGCAAAUGGGAAACCCAUAG